AUGUUUCUGAACACUACUAUGAUCGAUCUCGAGAUCCAUUUCAAUGGUGUCCAUUCUAAUAGGAAUUAUCCCGAGGCAUUUUCUCGGGAUAGUUCCUUGCUUCCCAGGCUGAAGGCAUUUCCCUUGGUCCGACGAUCAGAUUCCGAUUCCACUCUCUUGACAUAUUUUGAACACAUCAUCUGCAGUAGUGCUACCCUCGUCGAUAACGCCCAUUGCAACCCUUAUCGAUAUCUUAUACUUCCCAUGGCUUUGCAUUCCGAGGGCCUGUAUCAUGCUGCCUUAGCCAUCGCAGCUAAUACCCUCAAUCUGUCGGAUCAACGCUAUCGCCUGCCUGCUUUAGAGCAUCACCACCAAGCUCUCAACUAUCUGCGCGUCCUUUUGAAUCAAGAUACCUGGCUGGAAAGAGAAAUGGAUGAAAUGCUGGGGUUGGUUCUGAUGCUAUGCUGGUUCGAUAUAUCAGAUGGCAGUCGUCCUUCAUGGGUCACUCAUCUCGACGGAUUCCAGAACUUGAUCCGCAAGCGAAAGGAACAUCCCGGGCGCUCUUGUCAUAGCCAGGAACUGACAAAUUUCUUUAACCGUUACUUCGCCUUCCACUUAGUCCUCGCCCGUACAGCCUUUCGAGUUACCACUUCCACACCAAAUACGUCGCGUGUAUUGCCGGGCAGCAUACUUGAAACAUCCGACAUUAUUGAUCCAUACAUGGGACUCAGCCCCGCACUUCUAUUGUUAAUUGAUCAAGUGGCCGGUUUGGCGUGGGCUCGCGAAGAUAACGAUAAAAUGAGUCGGAAGGAUGUUUACCAAUUAAAAGCAAAGCUAGAUAACCUCCAACAAAGGCAACCUACAGAGCUUCUUCAUUCCAACACGGAGUGUGGUGCGAUUGCGGAAGCAAACAGACUCGGGGCCGUGCUUCUGUUGUAUGAAAUAUGCUCAACCAAAUCCGGUUCUUCCAAGUCUAAUAAUUCCGUCAUUCCCUCAUUGAAUCCCGAGGAAAAAGACGUCUACAUUGGAAAGAUUUUGGGGCUGAUCCUGGAAAAGAAAGCGAACAUGAUGCGUACAGCAGUUCUGCCACUGUGGCCACUGUUCUUAGCGGGGUGCUGUGCUCGCGGGGAAGAGGAAAGAGUUGUUGUGCUGCAACUGUUUCAGGAAGUGGAAAGUAUUCGUCGCUUUGGGAACAUCGCCCCUGCUGUUGAAGUUGUCGAAAUGGUUUGGCGACAGCAGGAUCUCUCCUCUCAAGAUGAAAGGAAACGCCGAAAGAGCAGUAAUCAACAGAAGCAGAGUGACCGCUCACAAGGGACUCGAUUGUCUUGGGAGCACGCAAUGGUUGUGCUGGGUGGGUGGAAGCUCAGCUUGACUUAG